GUAGAAGUCACAUGUGGUACUUCGCAGUACAGGACCAGCAGCAGCAGCAGCAGCAGCAACAUAUAUUACUUUUAACCAAGUCGUUGUUACUUUGUCCAUUGUUACAUGUCGCUGAAAAGGAGUCUCUUUGGAAUAAGACCUGCUUGCGGCUUUGCGGGUUGAGCCCACUUCUUCGCUGAAAUUCUACGCAUUUAGCCCUCGUUAGCUCGUUAGCUAACUGACUAAAGCGUGGAGAUGGAUGAAAAAAUACCAGAGGAGAAUGGAGAGACGUUGCCAGCGCAUGUGGAGAAGGAAGAGGAGAUGGAGGUUACCAUGACACCACAACUAGAACAUCCAAUCGUAACCCCUGGCAACGCAGACAUAUCAAACACAGAAACACAUAUGGAGGAAACAACAGCAACACUUUCCUUGCAGAGUGUGUGUAAGACAGAGGCGUGUGAAGACGAGGGGUCAGACAGUGACAGCUCUUCAUCCUCCUCUUCCUCCUCAUCAUCCUCUUCUCCCUCUCGACCUGUUUUGGUGGAGGAUGACGAUGACGAGGGUUUCAGCCAACCGGCCCCCAUCAAAACCAGCGAUGAAGUCCUGCUCGAGGAGCUGCCAGCCGUGGAGGAGGUGUUGGUGUCCUUACCAGAAGAUGCAGAACUAAAGCCUGUAGGCACAGUCUCCAGUAUUAUACAGCAACUUGGUAAGUAA